GUCUUUUCCCCUCAUCCGAAUUCAACACAAACAAGGGUCAUUGGAAGCUGAUGAGGUCCCAUUCUGCAAUUACGCUGACCAUGCUCAUCGCUAGCAUCGGAGCCACCAUCGAGUGCCGGCCUUCUUUGUUCGAGGACCUUGUUAUACAGGAUCAUGGACAGACUGUUAUGAGUACCGAUUCAACUUUUGUCACCAGAAAGGAAGAUAACCUUUCGAUAUCAAUGGACAGGAGCUGGCAGGUCCUGGGACCCUUCCCGACAGGGAUGCGCGAGCAGGAUUUCGGCGCAGAUCCUUUGGAAGCAUUCGGCGGUUUCAGGAACCUCCCAUAUGACAAGGACGCAAAAUACCCAUCAGAGUUGGCGAAGGAUGGAAUCGUGCGGUGGCAUACUACGGAAAUAGACUCAGAAGGAUGGAUCAAUGUUCUAUAUCCUGAGAUCGAUUGGAAAUUCAAUCAGCAAUUUAUGGGCUGGGCAUUCAACCAGUUCCAAGCCUGGGCUCGCUCAUCUUUUAUCGUGCCCUCCAUUGCCUCAUGCUUUCCACCAAAUGAAGAUGGUAAAUGUUCUGUCACCAUCCAGUGCGAAAACGUCGGUGACUUUUAUGUCGACAGCGAACGGCUCUCAGGCGACUGGUACGGAUAUGGUCUCACGCGACAUACCCUCCGUCUGGCUCCUAACACUCGACAUACCAUCUCUGUAAGAGUCAUUCAUGAGGUGCGAAUAUUUGGUGGCGCUGUGUUGCCACCGCCUUCCAAAUUCCGAUGCGAACUCAAGGUGGCACCGCGGACAACACAGCAUGAUCACGGAAUAAUGGUUCAGGUAGCCAAGGAGGGCUAUGGAGGAUAUGUUGUCAUGGAUGCUGUGGAUAAUGCUCUCGCUGGCGAGUAUAUCAGUGUGGCGCUCCGGAAUGUGGGUCCAGAGAGGGUUCUUGUUAGGUCGGUCAAAGUCGAGCAUGGUUCCAACCAAUUCUCAGCAGAAUUGAAAGAGCAGUUGAGAUCCAUUAGUCUGUAUCCUGGAACCCAUCGUCCGGUUACUAUUCGCCUUAGCUUGCAGGAGGGCCAACGUAUUCAGGGAUUGGAAUUUUCUCUAAGGUUCGAGUUGGCUAUAAUGAGAUCUGGCAACAACAUGGAAAAAUCGACGGGGGCACUCGAAACCGAUUUAAUUCGCAUCGAACAAAAGGAAUGGGGUAAGGUGUACAAGUACACCUUUUUAGAUUUUGACGGCACUGUUCAUUAUGCUGCUGCCAUUCCACCGAGCAAACCGUCGUCGCAGCCGUUGGACUCUGCACCCGUCAUUGUAGCCCUCCAUGGAGCGGGUGUCGAAGUUGCACAGAGUCCGUUCUGGUUGGCAGAGUAUACUCAACGAGAAAGGACUUGGAUCGUGUUACCAACAGGACGCUCGCCUUGGGGGUACGACUGGCAUGGAGCGAGCGUUAAGAAUGCCAUGAAUGCUAUCCAUAGUCUUGCAGACAAGUUACCAGGGGUCCCCGACGCAGUUAAGAACAUUCCUGGCAUUAAGCCCGAUCCUGAACGACUAUUCAUGGCCGGUCACAGCAAUGGGGGCCAAGGAGCAUGGUUUCUCGUGACACAUUUUCCCGACAAGGCGAUCGCAGCCACACCCGCUGCUGGAUACGUGAAUAUCAAGCAAUAUGUACCGUUUCUUGGUUGGCUAAGCAACUCGCAUACGGAUUCUUAUCUUCGUGGACUGCUAGAGUCGUCCAUUAUUGAGUUUGACAACGAUGUUCAUAUGUCCAAUGCUGUGGGCAUCCCGACCUUGGCAAGAACAGGUAGUGCAGACAACAAUGUCCCUCCGUUCAACUCUCGCAAGAUGGUUCGUCUGGGGCAAGAAAACUCUCACAAUUUCUCUUCAAUCAGUUUAUCUGAAAUCUCGGGAGGUGGGCAUUGGUUUACAAACAUUUUGCACGACGGAACCAUGCAAGGUUUCUUGAAACAGCACUUGCACGAUGAUGUAGUGUCGAAAUCUGAAGGUGCUGUAGAGGAUCAGUAUGACAAAAAAGCUGUAGUCCAUCUUCCAUUUUCAAAGUCAUUCAAGAUUACUGUUAUCAACCCUGCGGGCAUGGGGUCAAAAGGCGGCAUUCAAGUUGAACAAUUACAGAUCCCAUUCAGAAAAGGAACGAUCAAGGUCAGCAUCUUGGGCGACGAACAGACUGAGCGAUCUAAGGGGGCUUCAACCAUCUGGGUCUUGCAAACGACAAAUAUUCGCCGAUUCUCGUUCGCUGACUCGCCUAGUCUGGAGGCACGGCGUGGCUCUAUCUCGACGAUCGUCAUCGACGGGAUGACAUUUAAUCUCCAAAAAGAUGCGCCAUUAUCAUCAAGCACAUUUAUCCGUGAACGAACUUCGAAAAAAGGAGAUCGUUGGCAGUUUGAUGAUUCUAACGAGUGGACCGCGACUGAGCGACACCCUGAAACAUAUGGACCAGCAAUCCAGGUGCUUGAAAAGCGGGUUGUCAUCGUAAUAGGGACCACCCAUUUGGUCUCCCCAGAGCUGCUCAGCACAGCCGAUCGGAUCGCGAAACUUGUCGCGCACGAUAUUUUUCUUUACGGAAGGGGCGACGUCGAAAUCUAUACGGACGAGGAAUACCUCGCUACUAUCGGAGAUAUCGAGCAUAGCAAAGAAGAGAGACCCAAUCUAGUGUUGAUUGGCGAUAGCCACCAAAAUACUAUUACGAACCACAUCCUCAUUCAAUCGGAGCAAGAAGUGACCAUUGAUAGCCAAAGUGGCGUUGUAUCCAUCCUACCAAAGUCCGAGAUUGCCUCCUCGAACGAGUUCCGUGAACCAGGAACCGGGCUUCUCAUGAUCCGACCAUGGGGUUCGUCCAACUUGGCGAUGGUAAUCGCAGGACUAGAUGUUCAAGGACUGGAAACUGCAGCACGACUCUUUCCCAAGCGUACUGGCCUACUAGUGCCUGACUGGGUUGUCACUGGUCCUCAGAUGCCAUGGAAAGGUGCAGGUGGCAUUCUUGCAGCAGGGUUCUGGGGCAACCAUUGGGAGUACCAACCAUUAAUGUCUGCAUAACAAGUAGCGGGUGUGGGUCGGUCGUCCUAAGAACGCACCCUGUCCGCGCUUGUGCCUGUGCCUCUGCCCUUUCAUUAGCGUGUUAUGCGAUGUUGUGCUCGUUUUUUUUCCGCAUGAGAGCCAUCAUUAAAGUAGCACGAAUCAACUGUUCGCCCUGUCGGCUGGAAAGUACGGAAGCAGUAGGCAUUAAAGGCGAAGGCUCUUUGUGCUACGCGUUUUGUACAUUUCACAGAAUGAGGGAUUGUU